CGGGUUCAGUGCGCAUGCGCCGCGCUGCUCCAGGAGCGCUGCUUCGGCCUGUUCCGCGGCCGCUCGGUCAUUUUCGCCUCUUUGUUGUACUGCUGGUGGAUUUAAACUCGGAUCCGACCCCAUACCCAGCCGAUUCUGGCGCCCACCGAACAGGCUCGGAUGAGAGGCUGUCCAUGAUGCUGAGCUAAGGCCGUUGGCUGCACACCCGCGGGAAGAGACGUGGACGCUGCCACAUCCACAGCCCACGCAUGGCGGUUUUAGGGAACCCCCCCGACAUGCUGACGAGGAAGAUCAAGCUGUGUCACAUCAACGCCCACAUCACCUGUCGACUGUGCGAGGGCUACCUGAUCGACGCCACCACCGUCACGGAGUGCUUGCACACCUUUUGUCGAAGCUGCCUUGUGAAGUAUUUGGAGGAAAACAACACGUGUCCCACAUGCAGGAUCGUUAUUCAUCAAAGCCAUCCACUACAGUACAUUGGCCAUGACAGAACAAUGCAAGACAUUGUGUACAAGUUGGUACCCGGACUUCAAGAGGCGGAGAUAAAGAAGCAGAGGGACUUCUACCAGAAGCUGGGCAUGGAGGUUCCUGGCGACAUUAAAGGGGAGCUUUGCAACGUGAAGACUCAUCUAGACCAGCACAAUGGGGACGCCAAGUCAGAAGACACGCCCAAUAAGGAAGCGGGAGAGGAGAAACCCGAGGAGGACAACGACUAUCACCGUAGCGACGAGCAGGUCAGCAUCUGCUUGGAGUGCAACAGCAGCAAACUUCGAGGCCUAAAGCGAAAAUGGAUCCGCUGCUCAGCGCAAGCCACCGUCCUCCACCUCAAGAAGUUCAUCGCCAAAAAGCUCAACCUGACGUCGUUUAACGAGUUGGACAUUUUAUGCAACGAGGAAAUCCUGGGCAAGGACCACACUUUGAAAUUUGUGGUAGUGACAAGAUGGAGAUUUAAGAAAUCCCCCCUCCUGCUCCAUUACAGACCCAAGAUGGAUCUGCUGUAGCGAAAAUGGACUUAUUAUUAUUAUUAUUUUCUAAAAGACCUGGCGUCCGCAGACUGUGCUGAAACAUCUUUUUAACCAACGUAUGCAAAGACGAUCAACCAACAGCGAGCAAACGCCACAACAAAACGACACUCACACAAGCCAGCAGCUCGGGACGCUCCAAAAGAGGGCGGGGCUUACUCCUCCCGCGCAGGUACCGCAACACUGGCGUUUUUCCUUUUUUUUUUUUAAAUUUUUUUUUUUUUAUUGUAGGAUCAAAAGCGACCUUUUUCUCGUUGGUUUUGUGCGCUACAUCCGAGAUAUGUGAAGAGAAAAAGGAGAUAAAGCAUAUAUUUAUACUUUUGUACAGUUUAAAGAGACUUAAAGACACUACUGGUGCUCUGUUUACAUGCAAAUGAGAUGUCGGGAGUCACAUGACCUUCUUUUGGCCAAUGGAAGCAAAGGAUGGUUUUAUAAGAAUUUUUUUUUGUUAUUUUUUUUUCCCCCCCUCCCCCCAUAUUUCUUUCUCCAUCUCGGGAGCGCGGAGACUUUUAUGGAAGAUAUUAUAUAAAGUGUCCAUCUUAAUCCGCU